UUAUAUGGCGCCUUUCCGUAGCUCAAGGUCGCUUUACAUUGUAAUUUACGAUAUAUUUACAUUUACACACACAUUACAGUCACAUAGGAUGACGACACAUGGAAAUGUUCACAUUUUUGUAACCAAUACACAAGCCUACCUCAUAUAAAAUUUGAACUUACCGUGUGAAUUAGGAACCACCACUAAAGAGGCGGAGAAACCCCCUUACCUUAAUCUACAUCCUUCCUCAUAGUGGUUUCAUUUCUUCUCUUGAUUAUCUCAAAAUCCACCCAGAGGACAAUUAAAAACUAAGCGGCAAACUUCGACCCAUACUUUCUGAUUCCUCUACGCCUGAAACAUGUCUGGGAACUUCACCAACUCGUGCAUUGGCGCCCUCGAUCCUUCCAACCGGUUCUUGGUGUCGGCUGUCGUGUAUGGACUGGUUCUGGCCGUGGGUCUUCCCCUCAACGCGGUGUCCCUUUGGAUCCUCCUGCGCAGCCACGGGCUCCGGUCACCAUGCGCCGUCCUCAUGGUGAACCUCGCCGUGUCCGACCUGCUCCUCGUGCUCUCCCUGCCGCUGCGCGUCUACUUUUACGCAACGCUCAAGUGGCCAUUUGGAGUGGGCACGUGCACCGGUGCCAUCCUGCUGUUUCGCAUCAACAUCAGGACGAGCAGUAUCUUCAUCACGUUAAUAAGCCUGGACCGGCUGUUCGCCCUGGUCUUCCCUCUGCGCUCCCGGUCUCUGCGAACCACCGCGUGCGCCUGCAAGUGCUGCGCGGCUGUGUGGAUCCUCAUCACCAUCCUUUGCAUCCCGGAGAUUAUAAAUCUUCACAGCAACCUGAAAGAGUGCCCCAACAAAACACCAUGCUUCGAGUUUCAAGUGCUCUCCAAGGGUCCACCAACAACCUCCGCGCUUGCACAGGCGAUAUUUAUAUUAAUUCUGCUGGUGGUCAAUAUCGUCUCCACAGUCAUGGUCAUAAUCGCACUGAGUAAGCGUCCCAGCGCUGGCGACGCCAAGAUCAACAACAAAAUGAACGUGAUACUGAUUUUUGCAGUCAACACGUUGGUGUUUAUUAUAUUUUUUCUGCCGUUUACUAUAAUACUCUUAAUAAACACACAGGACGACGUAUCAAAUAUUUUACGAGGGCUCAUCUGCCUGGCGAGUGUCAACUGCUGUCUGGAUCCGCUCAUCUACUAUUUCUCCCUGGACUCGUUCUGGCAGGAAAAGGGGAAAAGACAAACGGAUGUGGGAACGUAUUCUCUCAGCAGGACGAUGGAAAGGUCUUGAGUCGCUGGAAAUCGUAUAGAGCCUACAGUAGAUACUACGGAGACCCUAAGGGGACAUGUCAUGAUGAAAAACAAAAGUAUUUCAAUGCGUUCCCUUGAAAAAGCACUGAAUAUCUUUUUCUUUCACGUAUACCUUUGUUUUAUUCGCAGAAGUUUGGACUCAGAAAAAACAAAUCGGUGCUCUUAGAAGUUUGGUAAGGAAAGUAAUUAUAAAACAAUAAACAGAUGUUUUCAGAAUGUAUCUGGACACAUUGGGUGUCAAACGGGAUUAAUCUACGGUGUUUCAUCUCUCAGAACAGCUGUGUGAACUUCAGAACUCAUUUCAUACAAUGAGAGGGUUAAACGGCAUUACAAAAAGAUGAUUGGAUAAAUUUUGUUUAAAGUCUCAUUCAAAUGUUCAAAUACGUGCUAAAUAGCGUCACGCGCUAUUGGAUCAAUUUGACUAGAAUUAUCGUAUUGUUAUUAUAUAAAAUGUAUAUUUAAUUGCAUUGUCUUUUAACUGGGUAUGUAAAGACUUAUAGUGUCAGUAUCACAUAUGUGGUUUUCAGAAUACCUCCCAACAGAGAAAAGUCAUGUUUUUGUUGAUAAUGUAGUCUAGAAAACAUGUUAUUAAUUGUAUAUAUUAAUAUUUACUUUCACGGUGAUGAGUGGUGAACCACAUUGAAGCUGCCUUUUCCCACUUCCUGUGUUAACAAGAUGAGACAAUAUGUCAAUGUAACCUCACUGUUUUUAAAAGCAAAAUAUUUGGGCCUAGAAAGUCUUCUGUUGGCAAAGCACAUUAGUCGCGA